GCGCUGCUGCCCGCUCCUCCGCUGUUCUCCCUCUCCUCCCGGAGUGUAACUGAGGCUUUCCCCGGUAUAAAGCCGUGAGAAGCGGCUGGAGGCUGUAGAGGCUCUCCGGCAGCCACGAGAGGAGGAGGAUGAUGAUGAAGGUGUGUGUCUGUCGGAGUGGAGCUGAUCUCAGUUCAGUCCGUCUGAGCUGAAACUGGGAACUUUCGGAUGUUUACUUUCAGCUGGAGGUUUUUCUUCAUCUGAACAGACUUCCUGUCCUACGUCCACCAUGACGGACAUCUAUGAGUCGGCAGCUAACUCGCUGGGACUCUUCAGCAGUCCUUGUCUCACCAAAGUGGAGCUGAGACUCACUUGCAAAGGCAUCUCAGACCGGGACGCUCUGUCCAAACCCGACCCCUGCAUUGUCCUCAAAAUGCAGUCUCAUGGGCAGUGGAUGGAGGUGGACCGGACCGAGAUGAUCCGGAGCUGCGUCAACCCGACCUACUCAAAGGUUUUCACCCUGGACUUUUAUUUUGAAGAGGUGCAGCGUCUUCGCUUUGAGCUCUAUGACAUCAACAGCAGUCACAACGGUCUGAAGGAGGCUGACUUCCUGGGAUCAGUGGAGUGUACACUGGGUCAGAUCAUCUCUCAGAGGAAACUUUCUAAAGCUCUGCUUCGACCAGGAGGGACGGUUGGAAAGGCCAUCAUCACGGUUUCAGCCGAGGAGCUGACAGGAAACGAUGACUACAUUGAGCUUUCUUUCAGCGCCAGGAAGCUGGACGAUAAGGACUUCUUCAGUAAAUCGGAUCCGUUCCUGGAGAUCUACAGAGUAAACGAUGAUGCUACGAUGCAACUGGUCUACAGAACCGAGACCGUCAUGAAUAACCUCAAUCCAGUCUGGAAAACCUUCAAAGUUUCACUCAACUCGCUCUGCAGCGGAGACCAUGAGCGCAAGCUGCAGUGCACCGUGUGGGACUGGGACUCCAACGGGAAGCACGACUACAUCGGAGAGUUUGAGGCUUCAUUCAAAGAGAUGAGAGGAGCCAUUGAUGGUCGACAGGUGCAGUGGCUGUGCAUUAAUCCAAAAUAUAGAACCAAGAAGAAGAACUACAGGAACUCUGGAAUUGUGAUCCUGAAUCAGUGCAAGAUCAUCAAGAUGCAUUCAUUCCUGGAUUACAUCAUGGGAGGCUGUCAGAUCCAGUUUACUGUCGCCAUCGACUUCACGGCGUCUAACGGUGACCCGCGGAACAGCUGCUCUCUUCACUACAUCCACCCGUACCAACCUAACGAGUACCUGAAAGCGCUAGUGGCCGUGGGUGAGAUCUGCCAGGACUACGACAGUGACAAAAUGUUCCCAGCGUUCGGAUUCGGAGCUCGGAUUCCUCCGGACUACAAGAUUUCCCACGACUUUGCUGUGAAUUUUAACAAGGAGAACCCGGAAUGUGCAGGUAUCCAGGGGCUGGUGGAGGCCUACCAGGCCUGUCUACCCAAACUACAACUCUACGGUCCCACCAACAUCGCCCCCAUCAUCCAGAAGGUCGCCAAGUCUGCCUCACAAGAGGUCCACACCAAAGAGGCCAUGCAAUACUUCAUCCUACUCAUCCUGACAGACGGUGUCAUCACUGACAUGGCUGACACCAGGGAGGCCAUUGUCCAGGCCUCUCACCUGCCCAUGUCCAUCAUCAUUGUCGGGAUUGGGAAUGCCGACUUUAGUGAUAUGCAGAUGCUAGACGGCGAUGAUGGAAUCCUGCGGUCUCCUAAAGGAGAACCUGUCCUCCGGGACAUUGUCCAGUUUGUCCCCUUCCGCAACUUCAAACAUGCAUCUCCAGCGGCUCUGGCGAAGAGCGUUCUAGCAGAAGUGCCCAACCAGGUGGUUGACUACUACAACAGCAAGGGCAUCAAGCCCAAAGUGCCCAGUGAAUACCAGUCUUCCAGGCCAUUUGGCCCCUGAUGUCCAUCAUACAGAUGUUUCCUGUCUGUGUUCUUUGUUAAUGCAGAUGUUAAAGGUGCUACACGCUGGAUUUUACCUUGACAUGAAGAAGCUGUAGACACUCGCUGGUUCUGAGGGACCAGGAGCCGGGCUUUACACCGUUAUCUACAUGAUGUCAGAGUUUAUGUUUAUGUCAGAGGCAGUAGCGUCCAUGCAAAGCAACUUUCUAAGGAGAUUUAUUUAUAGAUUUAUAUAAAUAAAUAAGCAGGCCCUCGUUGCUCAGUCCGAUGUCCCGAGUUGUUUCAGCCUGCACCGAAAAGCAGAAAUCGACUUCACCAAUCUUUAUUUAAUUUUUUUAACUUUAUUUAACCAGAUGAGUCGAUUGAGAACUCACUUUUGUUUACAGUGACGAUCUAGCCAAGAGGCAGCAGCAACAGACACAUAAUUAGCUUUACACCAAAGAAAAACAGAUGAGAUAAAACACAAGAUAAAAAUGAGAUAAAACAGUGAGACAUAAAGACAAAGAACUGUUCUCAUAUGUAAUAUGUACAAGCAAUCUAAACAGACCUAAACAGUUUUUAAGUAGUCAGAAGCAGGAACAUUUAUCAGAAGGUAGAUAAUGGAAUAUAGGCAAUGAGCUUCAGUGAUUUUUGCAGCUCAUUCCAGUCGUUGGAAGUAGCAAACUGGAAUGAGGUGCAGCUAAAGUAGGUGCGAGCUUUGGGAAUAAUCGUAGAGAUUAAGUUACUGGAAUGUAAAUUGCACUGGUUGUUGGAAGUGAUGAGUAAUGAGCGAAUACAUGACGUGUUCUACUGAUGAUUGUUUUGUAUAUCAAUCAAAAAACUGACCCAUAUUCAAAUAAACACAGACGAAAUACGAACAAAGUUCCUGCGGUGAAAUUCAGCCAAUUAUGCUCUGAGUUGUUGGUAAAACCUGGACCAGGAUGCCAUAUAAAAUCCAAACUAUAGCACCUUUAGCAUUAGCUGUGCAUGCAGGCCAAUAGGCAGAGCAGGUAGUGUUUGUGAACAGCCCACUGAUCCAAACGCGGCGUCCCUGCAGACAGCAUGAUAGGCGGGGAAAUGCUGGAUGAAGGACUGUAUACGCCUUCCUCCAGCUCCUGCUGUUUUAUAAGAGUAAAUUAAGGUUUUGCUAAAUUUCGUAAAGUUCGUAUCUUGUAAAGCAUUUUGAAUCUGUCUGAUGAACAACAAGCAAGCUCCCUUCAGACACGUCUGCAUCCUCUGUUGUUGGAUUUUCUAAAGGCAACGCAGAUGCAUGAACUGUUGUUUUGCAUGCAAAUCUCCAUGCAGGACUUCCUGGUCCCUGUGGUUCCUGUUUGUUGGUAGUGGCUAAUUUAAGGUAACCAUGUUUACAGCACGCCCAAUGAUAGGCUGCUCUACUCUCAAGCAUGUUCACAUGUUCAUGAAACUGUGUGAGUAGAUUAAAAAGCACAACCUGAGUAUUUCUGGAGAAACUUGUAGGUUAUGGUGGUAGAUUUUGGCCUCUUUGUGACACAACCCCUGUCCGUGUUCGCUGUCAUACCUCCAGACUGUUCCUGAUGCUAAAGGUUCAGUCCAGAUAGACCAUAAUACACCACUUUCUGUAACCAGCCAUUAGAAUAAGAGAUGAAAAUUCUGAUGAUGCUAAAGUAAACAAAAACUAUAUUAUUGAAAGAAUUUAUUUUCUCACCUCUUCCUGUUUAUAAACUUUGGUGUUUUCUGUUGCUUUGUUUAAUUUGACAAUACUUUUGGUUUAUAUUUGUUGUAGGUAAAGAUGGAGGACAGGAGUUGGGUCACAUGACUUGUGAUAUCAUGCAGUAUUGUGUGCAAAACAAUAACAAAAUGACUCAUGAUAAUAAAGAAGUAGUCAAUAGA